CGGCGCGGGGCGAUGCCCAGCCGGACGCCGCUCCCUCGGGGCUGGGAACGCUGCCGCACUUCCUCCAGGAGCCGGAGGACGGCUACAUCGUGAAGAACAACCCUGUGAAGCUGCGCUGCCGAGCCGUGCCCGCCCUGCAGAUCUUCUUCAAAUGCAACGGGGAGUGGGUCCACCAGAACGAGCACGCCUCGCAGGAGCACAAGGACCUGAACACCGGGCUGAAGGUUCGGGAGGUGAUGAUCAAUGUGUCCAGGCAGCAGGUGGAGGAUUUCCACGGCCCCGAGGAUUAUUGGUGUCUCUGUGUCGCCUGGAGCCAUCUCGGGACGUCGAAGAGCCGCAAGGCCACGGUCCGCAUCGCCUACCUGAGGAAGAACUUUGAGCAGGACCCCCAGGGGAAGGAGGUUCCCAUCAACAUGAUGAUCGUUCUGCACUGCCGCCCUCCGGAGGGGGUGCCCGUCGCCGAGGUGGAAUGGCUGAAAAACGACGAGGUGCUGAGCUCUCUGACCGACGACAACAUCGACACGCGAGCCGACCACAACCUGAUAAUCAACGAGGCGCGGCUCUCCGACUCGGGGAACUACACCUGCAUAGCCAACAACAUCGUGUCCAAGAGAAGAAGCGCCACCGCCAACGUCAUCGUGUUCGUGAACGGCGGAUGGUCUCUGUGGACAGAUUGGUCUCCCUGCAACGUGCCGUGUGGCCGGGGGGUGCAAAAGAGGUCUCGAACCUGCACUAACCCGGCGCCUCUCAACGGGGGGGCGUUCUGCGAGGGCAUGUCCGUGCAGAAGAUCACCUGCAACGCCCUCUGCCCAGUGGACGGAGGCUGGGAGGUGUGGAGCGAGUGGGCGGUGUGCAACACUCAGUGUGAGAAGCAACGACAGAGGGCGUGCACCUCUCCACCCCCCCGACACCAAGGCAGGAGCUGCGAGGGGAACAGCGAGGAGACGGAGAACUGCACCGAGGGACUCUGCACUCAGAAUGGAAAGCUGCUUCACGAUGUUAAACCUCAAAGUAUGGACAGCUCCAACGACGUGGCUCUGUACUCGGGUCUCGGUGCCGGCAUCAUCGCGGUGGCCAUCUUGGUGGUGGCGGUGAUGCUUUACAGGAAGAACCACAGCGAGUACGGCGUCGACGUCAUCGACUCCUCCGCCCUCACCGGGGGAUUCCAGUCCUUCAACUUCAAGACCACCAGACAAGGAAACCCUCUGCUGCUGAACUCCUCCGUGCCUCCGGACCUGACGUCGGGCCGGAGCUUCAGAACCCCGCUCUGCUUCCACGACGCCGCCAACAAGGAUCUGUUCGACCCACUGCCGGACAUCAAGGUCAAAGUGCAGAGCUCCUUCCCACGGGACUCGAACCGGGACUACAGCGACACAGAGGAACGGCACAAAAAGGGCCUUAUGACGCUGAAUGGGCCGCUCAGCGCCGGGAAACAGCUGAGAGCCAGCGAAGUGUUCGGACCCACCGGAGGCCGCCUGGUGCUGCCAGACUCUGGGGUCAGUCUGCUGGUUCCUCGCGGAGCCGUGGCGGAGAACGAGUCCUGCGAGAUGUUCAUGGUGAUCAAUGACGGAGAGGCAAGUGUGGAGACCCUGGAGGGCUGUGAGAUCCUCUUGGGCCCUGAGGUGACGUACGGCCCCCCGGGCCUCGACCUCUCCGUCCCGCUGGCCCUGACCAUCGCUCACUGCGCCGAGCCCGACCCGGAGAACUGGAGCGUCUCGCUGAAGAGGAAGACCCAGGACAGCAAAUGGGAGGAAGUGAUGUCGGUGGAGGAUGAGUCCACUUCCUGUUACUGUCUGCUGGACUGUGGGAGUGUGCACCUGCUCCUGGAUCAGCCGGGAUCGUACGCUCUGGUUGGCGAGCCGCUGACUCAGAACGCCGUGAAGAGGCUGAAACUGGCUGUGUUCGGGGGUCUGGAGGCCAUGAGCUACAUCCUGAGGGUUUACUGUGUGGACGACACGCCACACGCCUUUCAGGGAGUGGUGUCGGUGGAGAGGAGUCGGGGGGGGCAGCUCCUCGAGGAGCCCAAGACGUUGCCUUUCCUGUCGAACACCUUCAGCCUCCAGGUGUCCAUCCAGGAUGUUCCUCAGUUCCUGUGGAGCAUCAAACCCUUCACCACCUGUCAGGAGUUCUCGUUCCGCUCGGUGUGGUUCAGCAGCCGGCAGCACUGUGCCUUCAGUCUGCAGAGAUUCUCCCCCAACACCUCGCAGCUCUCCUGCAAGAUCAGCGUGCGACAGGUCAAAGGUCACGAGCAGAUCCUGCAGGUCUACACCGCCGUGACCCAGACGGAGAAGGAAACCCCCCCCUCCCCCCUGCAGACGGACUGUCUCUCGGGCCCCGGGGCCUUCAGCAUCCCCCCCUCCAUCCAACAGAGGAUCUGCAGCACCUUCGACACGGCCGAGGACUGGAGGCUGCUCGCUGAGAAGCUGCAGCUCCAGAGGAACCUGGGCUUCUUUUCUCAGCACUCGAGUCCCUCGGCGGUGAUCCUCAGUCUGUGGGAGGCUCGGCACCAGGACUCCGCCCACCUCUCUUCGCUGGCAGCGGCUCUGGAGGAGAUCGGACAGAUCCACAGAACCUCUGAGGGGGGGAGGGGGAGUGUGUGAGGACAGACUGACACACUGACGCUUAUAUCUGCACACACACACACACGCACACACACACACAGCCGGGGAUGGACACACACUGCGACCCGAUCGGACGGACAGAAGAGUCUUUAGUAGUCAUCUGACUUUCCACUUCAUUCCUAAUGUUUCAUCUCACUUUAUUUUCUGGAUUUGUGUUCGAAGAGAUGGGAAUGAUGUUCUUGUUUGGAAGAAGAAGAUGGACCUUUAUUCAGUUUUCCACUCUGUUUUUUGUACACAUGCACAUGCUUCUAAUAUAGGUACAUACAAAUACACACAGUUAUGUUUGUAGUGCACACGUGCAGAUACAAAUACACACAUAUUUAUUCACAACUUCAAGGUCAUUUAGAGUUGCUUUGAGUCUGUUUAAAGAAACCUGCUCUCUGAGUUUCAGCUCAAUUUGCACACACACACACACACACACACACACACACACACACACACAC